AUGUCGUCUUCUGAUGCCACACCGUCACGGCAACAGCGAAUCAGCAACCCUUCGUCGGCUUCGUCUUCGAGUCAGAACAACCUGCCUGCUAUGCGUCCCUCCCCCCAGCGUCGAGGCCCAGAUCAAUCACCCAGACCUGGACCCGGUCAAUAUCCUGGCUCUUCUUCCUCCCAGUCGAUGCAACAGACUCCUCUCCGGACCCGGGACACGGGCGACAUGGGACUUGGAAUGCGAGUGCGACCAGGAAACGGCAAUCGUCAGCCCAAAAAUCAAAACCCGAACCAAAGUCCCUCAACUCACACGACUCCCCGGCCAAAGGCUCCAGGCACUAUCCUUCCCUCAUCCAGUACGCCUCAGCCCCGACCUGCAUUCAGACCAGCCGUCCCGGCAGCGGGAACACCUUUCAAUCGCCCACCUGGUCCAGGAUCGGGUGUCCCGAACAAUUUAGGUCAAUUCCAGCGAACAGUCACUCAACAACUCGACCAACUCACCACCAGAAUGAACGCGACUGCCAACGAGAUGUUGGCCCUGAAGCAAUGGAAGCAGGAACAUGAGAACGAUGCGCAGUUACUCAAGCGUCUACACCUCACCGUUUCUGCGCAACAAAAGGAGAUCGAGAGUCUGAAGGACAAGGUCGAGGAUCUUAUGAUCAGAAGGAGCGGACCCGUCGACGGAGCGGACCCACGGGCAGCGACCAUGAUAUCCAGGAUGGUCCGAUCCGCUAUCGAGUUUUGCUAUGGCCACGACACCAAACCGCCUCAGUCGUAUCCAGAAGGACAAACCUGGCCACGUCAACUGACGGCCGAUGGUCAGCCUGGGGCUGAGCUGAUGCGCUGGGAUCACACCAAGAGCUACUCACACGACGACAACAUCCGAGAAACCGGCAGAGUCCUUGCUGUCCUGCAGAAUCCUAACACCCGAUCAGCGAUUCCGCUUCCCGCCGACACUCCUCUCGCAUCAAUCCCGCCUUUCGAGACUCACGCCGACAUGUACCGCAGGAGCGUUGCCCGAGCUUUCAAGACCUUCACCACGACUUUCCGUCAGCAGGCAGCCAAAGCGUGGAAGGCGACCGGCCGAGCAGAGACGAUGAAAGAUAUUGCGGAAUUGGAGAAGAUGGUUCAGAGGGGCGGCGGGAUGGAAGUGGAAGAAUCCAUCAGGAGCAAGAAGGAAUACGUGAAGGCCCAGGACGAGCUCACCGCCAAAGCAAUGCCCGACAAGGUUACCGACCACAUCAGAAUCGUCCGAUCCCGCCUCCAAACUACAGUCAAAUGGAUGGUCGAAAGGCGUCCGCUGUCGGAGUAUUCUGGGCCCGCCUACGAUGUCUUCGACUACUCGUAUGGAUUGAUCCCUGUAGCCCCCCUGGCGGAUGAGAGCGGAUCGACAGAAUGCUACUGGCCGACUCGGGAAGGGGUUUACUCACAGCUUUACGAAACCAUUUACGACACGAUCUAUCAGACCGAAUGCCCAGGGAGCAAGUUGCAAGGAACGAGCGCCAAGGACGAUCCCGAAAUCAGCCCUCCUGCCGAACCACUCUUCCCGACUCGACUCACAGACUUACACAAAGGCCCCCAGAGAUGGAUGUUCUGCGAGGAGUGGUGGCAAGCCAUAAAGCCGCAAGCCACUCGCUCGCACGCUCGCACGCUCGCCGCUUCACCUUGUAAUAGUUGCGACAGUCGCUUGCUCGCACGCUCGCAAUCCCGCAGCGCCGCACGCUCGCACGCUCGCACGCUCGCUCGCUCGCUCGCAGCCUCACUUGUACCCCUCACUUCCUUCGCUCAUGAGUAUAUAUAUGAGGAGGGAAGGAUGAGAACAAGCUACCACACUUGUCCUCAUCUCUUCACUCUUAGAUUCACCAAGAAACAAUUCGCUACCCUUGCAACAAAGCAAGCUCCGCGUCCUUCUACAAGUGCACUUCAAGAUCAACGGAUUAGCUACCCAUUAACCUUGAAGCGGAAGAGUAUACAGAUAAGAUCAGCCGAAAGGAUCGGGUCGCAACAACUUGGGGUCCCACCUGUGACACACUUCACCACUUGCCACCGCUUCAUAUCGCUGCCUCCAUCUCCUAAGGACAUCCCUGUGCCGGAAAGUCCUCUUACUCCCAUCGACUCUGAGCAUUACGACAUGCCUCAAUCACGGGAACCUCUUGAACCAACCAAUACGGAACCCCUCUUCAACAACGUAUCUCAACCUAUCUACUCUGCUCAACCACCUCUCCAGGAAUACCCUGCACUUCCCACUCACGAACCUCAACCUGGAAUGCAAAGGACCAUCGAGAAACUAUUCAACAACGUCUACGCCAAGUUGGAGCAGUUGGAAAGGAACCGUGUCCAGGACAUGAGGGAAGUCAGACUAGAGAUGGAAGGACUUAGGAGACAACCUAUCGAAGAACGGAUGGAGAACCAAGGAUGGUCAAGAGACAUUCACACUCCACCUAGGAUGCCUUACCCUAUGGAACACAACUCUGUUCCCCCUCCAAUCGACACCAAGCCUCGAUUCAGAGAUGUAUCUCUGGCACCCACCAACAAUCUUUAUGCAUUCACUCGUCAACCACCUAGAACACCUUGUGUCUGUGGAGGAAUGCACUGGCGGACUGACUGCCCCCACAAUGGCAAAGUCAACAAUACAAAGAUUACACCUAGAGCCAACAUGGCUAGGACCUUCACUCCUCAAGGUGUCAAUGCCACACCUCUCACUCAGCAACGGUGGAAGCCAAACCCAAACCAGACUACUCCCAUCACCAACACUGCUUCGCCUGCUGUCCAUGUUGUGCAGACUAGGGCUAGCAAACGAUUGCACAGUCCUCCUCAAGAAGACAACUCUGUCAAACGCCAGAAGAACGAUCAAGUCAACCUGGAUAUUGACGAGUUGCAAGAUCAGUUCAGCAAGCUGGAAGGCUUUGACAACGGACCUAGGAUCCAACAGGACGCCUCAAAUGGAGUGGACCUCCAGGACUUCAUCUCCACGACCGCCAAACCCGCUCAUCGCUCCGCCAAGUACAUUAUUGAUCACUACUCGAACGGAAUGGACAAGUUGCAGGAAUACUUGGACAAUCACAGGAUUAAAUCUGACAUUGUCCAAAGGCACUUUGAAGUGCACGGGAGGGAUGGAGAGGAUAAGGAGAUCUUUGAACGGUUCUUGUAG